AUGGCUCGAACAAAGCAAACCGCCCGCAAGUCCACCGGUGGCAAGGCUCCAAGGAAGCAACUCGCCACCAAGGCUGCUAGGAAAUCUGCUCCUACAACCGGAGGAGUCAAGAAGCCCCAUCGUUAUCGUCCUGGAACCGUUGCUCUUCGUGAGAUCCGUAAAUACCAGAAGAGUACUGAACUUUUGAUCCGCAAGCUUCCAUUCCAGCGUCUUGUUCGUGAAAUCGCUCAAGAUUUCAAGACUGAUCUUAGAUUCCAGAGCCAUGCUGUUCUUGCGCUCCAGGAGGCUGCAGAGGCUUAUCUUGUUGGGUUGUUUGAGGACACCAACUUGUGUGCAAUUCAUGCUAAGAGGGUUACCAUCAUGCCUAAAGACAUUCAACUCGCUCGCCGUAUUCGCGGUGAACGUGCUUAG